AUGGCCUUGGACUUGACAUUGUCGCAUCACUUGUCGUCCGAAACCAAGAAUAGAACUCCUAACCCUAUGAAGGAGAUUUGGCGUCUGGCCCAAUCAACUCCAGGUAUUAUCAACAUGGCCAACGGCGAUCCCCAUCAUAGCCUGUAUCCCAUAUCCGAGAUAGCCUUUAGAGUGCCGUCUAUCUCUCAGGACGACCCGGUGAACGCCUGGCGCAAGGGCGAGAGCAUCACACAGACCUUGACGUCCUACAAAGACGAGCCCUCCGCCGUCAGUCUGAGAUCUGCGUUGCAAUAUGGGUCCGGUGCAGGGCUUCCGGAAGUCCGAGCGGCCCUCGAGCAGCUCAUGACGGUCAUGCACCCUUCGCCCUCAGAAAACCACUUCGUCACUCUCAGUCUAGGUAACGCCGACGCAGUGACGAAAUGCUUUCGUCUCCUCGGCGAGCCAGGGGACGCAUUCCUGGCGGAGGAGUUCUCCUUCCCCGGAAUGACGAACGCUCCGCUUGCACAUAAGGUCCGAUGGGUACCUGUAAAGCUGGACAAGGCGGGUAUGAUCCCAGAGGACAUGGAACGGAUCCUCCGUGAAUGGGACGAGAAUAAACGAGGUAGACGCCCCCAUGUCUUGUAUACGAUCCCGUGCGGGCAGAAUCCCACUGGGAGCACGCUACCAUCAGAGAGACGGCGAAAGAUCUAUGAAAUCGCAUGUCGAUGGGACUUGAUCAUUGUCGAAGAUGAUCCGUAUUACUUCCUCCAGUACGACAAGCCUCCGAUCCGCACAGAAGAUGUUGAGAAGGACGGCUUUGCAAAGACCUGGGCCCGGAAUCUUGCUCCUUCUUUCCUGUCUUUGGACACCGAAGGUCGAGUUAUGAGGAUAGAUAGUUUCAGUAAGAUCAUCGCGCCCGGCAUGCGGCUGGGCUGGAUAACCAGCAAUCCCCUCUUUGCCUCGCACCUCGAAAACCUAAUCGAUUCAUCUACACAGCACCCGCACGGCCUGGGCCAAGCCUUCAUCGCGGAGAUGCUGGCAGGCAAAGACAGUUGGCAGAUUGACGGGUUUGCAAGGUGGGUGAAGAGCCUCUGCGACGAGUACCAGCAGCGUAGGGACUUCCUCGCGAGGCUAUUCGAGGCGGAGCUCGGCAACUCGGGUUAUGCAAAUGUUGAGAUACCGGAAGCCGGGAUGUUCCUCUGGAUAAGAAUCAAUAUCGAAAAGCAUCCGAGGUACCGGAAGGACCAGGCUGGGAAAAGCAAUUCGCGUGCGUUGACGGAAGAGCUGUUCAAUCACGUACGGGAAGCCGGAGUGAUGAUGAUGCCCGGCUAUGUCUUUGCCAUUGUGGAUGCCGAGGAGAAUGGUAGCGGACCAAACGCCAUAGACGAGCGGAGCAAUUAUUUUCGGACGACUUUCGUCGGAAUAGAGGAGACCAUGGAGAAGGGGAUGGCCAUAUUCGGGAGCGCGGUCAGGGAGUUCUUCGCCAGCUAGGCGGUAAUCUGGCGAAAUAGAUGAGUGGGAAAACCGUCGCCGUAAUA